GGACUCUCCCACGCGGGGCCCACUAACGCCUGCGGACCAAGAAGCCUACACGGUCAUCAUCCACCCGUCACGAGCGGGACGAAAGCGAUAAGGAGACACAGUAAGCUGACCGCCUGCUAGCUGCCCACUCUCGCCGGAGAACCAUGGCAACGGCGGCGCCGGCGUGUGUGCGGGUAGCUUCUCCGUUCAUGGGCGCACCUCUUCGACCCCCUUGCCACGUUAUCUCUGCGAUCCUGGGGCCCAGGAGGGCCGGGCUGGCAGUCUCGGCGGCGGCCGCGGCCGGCGGUGGGUCACCGUCCACCGUGCUCGUCACCGGCGCCGGCGGCCGAACAGGCCAAAUUGUGUACAAGAAGCUGAAGGAGAGGGCGGGCCAGUUUGUGGGACGGGGGCUGGUCAGGACCGAAGAGAGCAAAGGCAAAAUCGGAGGUGGUGACGACGUGUUCAUCGGCGACAUAAGCGAUCCUGAGAGCAUUGCUUCUGCGAUUGAGGGCAUUGACGCGCUCAUCAUCCUCACCAGCGCGGUGCCCAAGAUGAAGCCGGGGUUUGAUCCUAGCAAAGGAGGGCGCCCCGAGUUUUACUUCGAAGAAGGGAGUUAUCCUGAGCAGGUGGAUUGGAUUGGCCAAAAAAAUCAAAUAGAUGCUGCCAAGAGCAUUGGUGUAAAGCACAUAGUUUUGGUUGGAUCCAUGGGCGGAACAGACAUUAAUCACCCAUUAAACAAGUUAGGAAAUGGGAAUAUACUGGUGUGGAAGCGCAAGGCAGAACAGUACUUGGCAGACUCUGGUCUGCCAUAUACAAUUAUAAGGGCUGGAGGUUUACAAGACAAAGAUGGUGGCUUGCGAGAGUUGAUUGUUGGGAAGGAUGAUGAGAUCCUGAAAACAGAAACAAAAACUAUUACCAGGGCAGAUGUUGCAGAAGUUUGCAUACAGGCCUUGCUAUUUGAAGAGGCAAAGUUUAAGGCCUUUGAUCUGGCAUCAAAACCUGAAGGUGAAGGGACACCAACUACAGACUUUAGGGCCCUUUUUGCACAAGUUAAUAGUCGCUUCUAAGAAGAUAAGAUUGUUCUGGCCAAGAAAUGAGGACAACUUUUUAUAGCGCGAUAUAAAACUUGUAUUGGGUAAUGUUAGUUUUCUGUUUACUGUCCCUAAAAUAUAACCACUGUUCCAUGUAGUGUUCUUUUCUUUCUUUAGCCAUGUUUGGUUUUGUUUCCUGCCAUAGACAGAGGAUUCUGCAUAUAAUUUUAAUGAGCUUUCUGUUAGCUAGUCACUUUAUGGUUA